GUGGGGAGGAGUCGGCGUGGGGCGAGAGAGGCUUCUGCUCGUGCCGGGGGAGGCUGCUGUAGCCAGGGCGGCUCUGCAAUCGCCCGAGCGAGGAGGCGCCCGCCUGUCCGGCCCGGUGGCCAAAGGGAAGGCGUGAGCGGCGGUCGCUGCAAAGGAGCAGCAGCAGCAGCUCACCACGCGGCAGUGGCGCUGAUGGCUCCCUGUGGGAAGCCGGGGAGGUCAGCCAGGGGCUGCCCGGCCUCCUCCUGUUGAUCCCCCGGUUCUUGCGCGGAGGUCGCCUUCGUCGUCAUGUAGGAAGCACCGCAGAGGCUUCGGGAACUGUUGCCGGAUUUCGGAGGCGGAAUGGCUCGGGAGGCUCUGGGCUAAAAGCAGGCAGGCACACGCCCCCCCGAGCCCAGCGGUCCUUGCCCUGCAGCCGGGCUUUUUGCGGUGCCUCGACGGGCUGAGCAGCUGGAGAGAUGUCUGGUUACUUCGACUUGGGUUUUUUGCAGCGUGCGAAGAGACUCGGGGCUGCCGCGCCUUCGCAUUAGCGUGUUGUGCAGCUCGCUGGCGGACCUGCCCGGGGCGAGGGGGUGGGGUCCCCCUGCCGUUAUUUCGAGAUGUACACGUUUGUGGUGCGGGAUGAAAACAGCAGCGUCUACGCUGAAGUGUCCAGAAUCCUUCUUUCCACCGGACAAUGGAAGAGGCUGAAAAGAGACAACCCGCGUUUUAACCUCAUGCUGGGGGAAAGAAACCGGCUGCCUUAUGGGAGGCUGGGUCAUGAACCUGGACUUACGCAGCUGGUGAACUACUACAGAGGAGCUGAUAAACUUUGUCGCAAAGCUUCUUUAGUGAAAUUAAUCAAGACAAGUCCUGAAUUGGCAGAAUCCUGCACAUGGUUCCCAGAAUCUUACAUGAUUUAUCCAACUGAUCUAAAGACUCCAGUAGCUCCAGCACAGAAUGGGAUCCAUCACCUGAUAAAUAACCCAAGAACAGAUGAAAGGGAAGUCUUCCUGGCAUCAUAUCAGAAGAGGAAAGAGAGUGAAGGGGGAAAUGUUUGGAUAGCCAAAUCUUCAGCAGGUGCCAAAGGUGAAGGGAUUCUUAUUUCUUCAGAGGCUACUGAACUUCUAGACUUUAUAGAUAAUCAAGGACAAGUGCAUGUGAUUCAGAAAUAUCUUGAGAAGCCUUUGCUCUUAGAACCAGGUCAUCGCAAAUUUGAUAUUAGAAGUUGGGUGUUAGUUGAUCACCAGUAUAAUAUCUACCUCUACAGAGAAGGUGUUCUACGGACUGCUUCAGAACCUUAUAACAGCUCUAACUUCCUAGAUAAAACCUGCCAUCUGACCAAUCACUGCAUACAGAAGGAAUACUCUAAAAACUAUGGGAGAUAUGAAGAAGGGAAUGAGAUGUUUUUUGAGGAGUUUAAUCAGUAUCUGAUCAGCGCUUUGAAUGUUACUCUGGAAAAUACUAUCUUAUUACAAGUCAAAAAUAUAAUAAGAAGCUGCCUUAUGUGUAUAGAACCUGCUAUUAGCACCAAACACCUCCACUACCAGAGUUUCCAGCUGUUUGGCUUUGACUUCAUGGUGGAUGAGGACUUGAAGGUCUGGCUAAUUGAAGUCAAUGGUGCCCCUGCUUGUGCCCAGAAACUUUAUGCAGAGCUUUGCCAAGGCAUAGUAGAUGUGGCCAUUUCUAGCGUCUUUCCCCUUAUUGACACCUUGCAAAAGCAGAGUCAGCAAUCGAUAUUUAUUAAGUUGUGAUGACAGAGAAGUAUCUAUGCAACACAUUUGGGAGAGCUGCCGCCUAUUGGAUGUAGAGAAAAAGAGAAAAUGGAACACGAUCAUUUCACCAACAUACCAUGCCAAAAUAAUGGAUCAACAUCAUCUUGGGAAUUUAAAAAAGAGAGAGGAAAUAUUCCACAGAGAGUCCGAACCAAAGUCAUCUCAUCAGCUCUGCCUGUGUUUUGAAAAGCUUUGAUUAAAAAAAAACAACAAUUCCUGUAACUGAAGCAAAUUUCUCUGGGAGAACAGCAAAAGAACUUUUUUUAAAAAAUACAUGCAAAACCAGGGAUGUGAUAUAAUUUUUUUAAGACUACCCUGUAAAUUGUGUUUGCUUCCCUUUCUUUCCCCCUCUUUAAGUAAUAAAUUAUUUUACCAGACUGUAGUACUAGUAGCCUUUCUAGGAAUGGUUUGUCAACUCAACCCAUGUAGUUUCUGUUUUCAUGUACUAUCUUUCUAGUGCCUUAGCUUUGUUCCCUUAACUAAGCUCCUUUGUUCUUGUUUUGUUCAGUGCAGGUUAACAAAAAAAAGCUUUCUUGUUUUGUAGUGUAUCAAAUUUGUAUAUUUUUAAUUGGUUUCAAUAUCUAUGUGUUUGAUUUCAGUGUAGAAUGAUACUAAGCUUGAGAGAUUAAUUUGGAUGGAUAGCUUUCUCUGCCACCCUGCAGGCCAGUGCAACCCAUGAAACGGAGCACCAUUUUUAUGUUCUGACCUGCCAGGUGUUUGACAAUCUGUUUUUGUUGUAGUUUUUCUUUUGGUUUGUUAAACCCCUGGUAGAUCACCAUUCUUGACUGGUAGUCUCUGGUAGGCCAUUCUUGACUUGAUUGGUUAACUCUUCCACUAAGGCAUGGAAACACUGACGUGUUUAUCCCAGUGCUGGGGACUGAACGUGAUUUUUUGUUGUAAACGUUCCAUUAUUUGGGCUCUUUUUCCCCAGUUAUUUUUAAUUGUAGGGAGAGUUGUCCUUCAUUUCUUUAAAAAUGAGCUAACCAGAAAGGAACACUGCCAACGUCUACUUAGGUACCAGUAUUUUUGGUUAAUCAUCCUUUUAAUUUUGUUGUUUUCUUUUCCUAAUUUUAAUAGUUUUGAGGCUCCGGAAUAAAAGCUGUUAACUAGUACCAAGAGAAAGUAUGUGAUGGGAAUCAACAACUGGAUGUUCCAGAAAAAAAUCUGGUUCUCAUGAGGAGUCCCUAGUCAGUCUCUCAGUUGACAACCCUAAGGUGGGAUAGAUUAUUCUGGCCAGUGGGACUUGCUAAAAAUCCAUUGAAGGAGCAGCUUUGCCAUCCUCUAACAGUAGUUGCCAACUAGGGUUAUAUAAGUUUAUGUUCACCAAAGAUAUACCCAAUCAAUACAGAGAAACUUGCUUUUGAGAUACUGUAUACAGCUUUCUCUACUGACAUUAAAAUUGAAUCUCACUAAGGUGUUUCAGCAUGUGACCUGCUCUUGACACAUAUAAGUAGGGCAACAGCUUUGCUGUUAACUUUCUGAAACAUUUCCACUCAUGUUUAACUGUCAUUUUCAUAAUGAAUAAUAAUUUAUUAAGAUUCAAUUCAUGAUAUAAAGAAGUUGACAGUGAUCCUUUUUUAAAGGCCCUAGAUGAACAUUAAAGACUAGUUGAGUUCAAUAGAACAUAUUAAAUUUGUUGAAGGAACAUAAGAGGUAUACUGGGUAACUUAGACAUCAUGUGUAUUCUAUGUUGCAUUUGUGCUGUCUAAAAAUGUUCAGUAGAAUCAAAGCAUGUAAUGCAAAUAUAUACUCUUAUCCAUUUCAUAUUUACUUAGAAAUACAUACUGUUGUCUUUCAGUGAAACUUACUUCAUGUACAGGGCAGUAUCUUCUUACAGGUAUUCAGAAUCACACCCUUGUGAUUAUUGUUCAGGAAGUCAGAAUAAACUUUGCAGAUAUUUGCUACUAGCUUAAAAUUCCCGGUAGGCAUUCUGUAAAUGGCUGUAGACUAUGAUGAAGGCAUUGCCAUAUCUAAAUACAAUGCAAGCUGAAUGCUAAAAUACUUUGAUUCAGAGAUACCAGACUUUUCAUUUUCAGUGCACUGCAAGCUUGAUAUAAUGAAGCAAGUUAUAAAUAAGUAACUACAGGAUAAACAGUUUUAGUAGGAGACCUGCUUUUUUGAGAGUCUGUGGGUGGCCUUGGAAGCCCACCCAGGAGGAGUUCUUUACUAUGGUGGUCAGUGUCAAAACUAUACCUUGCUCUUCUGAAAUCAGAUAAUAUUGUCAAUUAUUUCAAUGCUCCAAUCCUGAACUCACUAGGAAGUAAGCCCAGUUGUACUGGCUGAGAUUUGCUUUGGAGUAAACAUUCUUAGGAUUGCAUUUUAAGGCUUCAUUGUUGUGUAUGCCUGCUUCGGAGUAAGCACCACUAAACUUAUUAGGAUUUGUAAAUGUGAAGUAUAGGACAGUAGCUACCAACAGUGGUGAUGGGAAUGGUUUGCAUGCAAGUGAAACCAAACAGCUCCCUGUUAUGCAGUUCUCAGGCUUCUGGCUAUCUUCCUUGCAAUGAAUAUGCUGUCAUAAUUUUGCACUGGUAUUACUCCUCUCAGAUAUUUGUCAGGUAUGGGAGCUUUUGGAUUUGGCUGUGAUAGGUGAAUGUUAACUGACGCCAUGCUGUGCAGAAUUUAACUCUCUAGAGCUCUUUGGCAUUGCAGCAAACAUAGUGACAGAAGCAUGUCUGACAUUUUAUGACCUUUUAGACAGUGGUGGGAUUCAAAUAAUUUAACAACCGGUUCUGGUGGUGGAAUUCAAAUAAUUUAACAACUGGUUGUUUACAAGCACCAUCUUACCAACUGGUUCUGCCGAAGUGGUGCAAACCUGCUGAAUCCCACCACUACUUUUAGAUCUUAAUAUCUUUGGUUUACCUUACGGCACAGUAAACAAAACUAGGCCAAACUGUUGGGAACUGUGUUGGAACUUAAUGCAAAUAUUUCACCUUAAUGGAAUUUAGGAUUGACAUCUCUUUAACCAGGUUCUGCUCUUGAACAACCCAGUUAGCAUGCUGAUAUUUCUGCAAAUCAAAAUACUGUUAAAGACAUAGGAGUGGGCCACAAAGGCUUUUUUUCUGCUCAGCUAGAAAAUCUUGGGUUGUAAAUGAUGCUACUCAAAAUGUUGGGUUAUUCCUUCAUAUCCUUGAAUGUGUAAUGGAGGCAAUUGCCUCCUUGAAUAAAGAUGGUCGGCCUGUGGCUCCUAAAAUAGAUAGACUUCUUUCUCCCCCAGCAGCCUUAUGGGAAUGGUUUUCACACAUUCUGCUUUCAUAGGAUAUUUCCCAUAUAGAUUCAGCAGAUAAGGAAUUAUUGUGUAUCUGUUAUGACUCCAGAGGAUUCUGGGGAUAUUUUGGGGCACUCUCUCAAUUCACGCAGGAUCCUGGUCAGCCCUGUUGGGCCUCAUUUCCACUCUGCAUGAACUGAGAGCUCACCUUCGUUGCUGAAAAAGUUCUAUCUGUUGGUCAAGGUAUCAUUCAGGGAAACUUGCUCGGCCAUAUUAACCUAAUUGAACAGCCUGAUUUAAACUUCGAGUAUCUCCAGUAAUCCUCAGAACACAGUCUGAAAACACUUCCCUUGGGAGAUGUUUGCACAAUAAUUUUUCAGGUGUAUCCAUUCAACUGUUCUGGAUAGCCUAUCCUUUCAGUGACUGGUGUCCUGUAUCUUGGAGGUUCCAUUCUUAUGUCUAUUUUUCUGUCAAUGGAUGCUGUAGUGUUAAAGUCUCUAAAAAUCCUGUGUUCAUGAUUUUCAUUGGCCGUAUCAACCAAUUUCUAACACAGCAUAUGUUUCUCCAUUCACAAUCUUGAUUUCCCUUCCCUCACUGAAAUGUCCGUAAAUUGUAAUUUAGAUGGUAGAGGAAGCAAGAUGCAAAUGUAUUAAUACAACUGUCAAAUUCCAUUGGAGUAUGAAUUAUUGGAUGUAAAAUCACACUAUAACAGAUAACUUAAAAGCUAAUUCAUUUCAAUAAUUACAAAGUUGUACUCCCAUAAAAGUGGGAGAUGCAGUUUUUACUUUGAAAAUAAGCGCUAUAGAUAAUAGAGAUUUGGAUGUUCAAGGUUUUACUGGCCUUUAAUUAGGUUUCUGAAUAUCCUUGGCAUGCACACUUGUAUGAAACAAAAUCAAGUAAAACUUGAGGUACUGGUUGACUUUAAGGAGUUUUUGUAAAUGCAGAAUAGCAGAGAAGUUCUCCAAAUUAAUAACUUACUAAAUUGCUGUUUCUAUGUCCAUUACUAUGAACGCUUUGUUCUUGCAGUAAGAGGGAACUGAGGAAAAUCCUUGUACAGGAACACUAAUAUAGCACAUACAAUUAUAUAUGGCUUAAAAGGGCUGUACCCCAUUUUAAGAAAAAAUUGGGUAUACCAACUUUGAUAUUUUCUACACCAUAAAUGGAUUGUUCGUCCUUUGUACUGUGGCGAAAUCAUACAUAUUGAAGUUUGUUGUCUUGCCAAAUGCAACAAAGAGAUAGAAAUCUGGUUUUCUACUGAACAAACCUUUAAAGCAAUAAACAUAAUCAAUUCAAGUACUAAGGUAUAAAUACCCAUAUCCUCAAUGCAAACAUCAUGCACGUGUGUUUCAUGAAAUUAUGAAAGUGUUGUAUAUUAGUGACAAAAAGACAGUCUUAAUUACAGAAUGAGUUUGUGAUGAAAUGUAAGAUCUGAGGUGUUUUUUAAAAAUUGCUUUGCGUAGCAAUUUUUUUGUAAAGCACACAAAAUACCUAAACUGGAAGUAUGAGAUACUGUUAAGUUGACAUUUAUACAUUUAAGGCCGCUAUUUUCAGUUGGCUCUUUUGAGUUUUCUGUGCUGUGUGGCUGUGGUUUGGUAGUUUUAGCUACCAUGGCCACACAGCCUGGAAAACCUGCAACAGACAGUUGACUCCAGCCGUGAAAGCCUUUGACAAUCCACCAUUUUCAGUUUGUCAGAUUUAAUAUUCACUAUGGUCUUUGCUGAUGUGACUGCAUUGAGAGUUUGGGGCUCAGUUGUUUUGAUUUGAGAUAAGACAGCUUUGGGAUACAUCUAAGCACUAGAUGUAAUCCUCCUUUAGUAAGGAAUUUUGUGGGGGGGUGCGGAUAAGGAAGUAACAUUUUUGCCAUACACUGUAAAAUUUGGAAGGUAUUCCCAGAAUAGGAGCCCUUUUGAAAAUGAAAGCACUUUUUACCAUGAAGCAGUAGAAAUAUUUAACUAGAUUAAGAAAAUAAAAUUUAUUCAAGGGUUGCCACUGCUGCCACCUCAUGUGGUUUCCACUGAUUAAUUCCUCUUUUAUACUUCCUUACAUUUUAUCCAGGGUUCUAACUGAAGCUUCAGUGGCACAUGGACAAAUGGAAGGAGACCAUAAAGCCCACUGUGCAAAGGUUACUUUCCAAGCAGCAGGAAAUGUCACUUUCCCCCCUUACAAGGGCUGUGAACCUCUCUGUACAACAGUCAGCAUGAUGGGAGUACUUAAGAGCAGCAGACUCUAAUCUGGGAAAUGAUUCCCCCAAUCCUCCACAUGAAGCCUGCUGGUGGUCCUGAGCCAAUAACAGUUCCCUUAGAACUCUCUUAGCCCCACCUAUCUCACAAUGGGAUUGUUGUGGGAAGAAGAAGGGAAUGUGAUUGAAAGCAACUUGGAGACUCUUUAAGGGAGAGAAAAGUUGAUAUAAAAACCUUUUCUUCAGCAGCAGUAUGAGAGGUAGAAACUCAAGAGGUAUAGCUUUCAUAGGCUCAUUCCACACAUGCAGAAUAAUGCACUUUCAAACUGCUUUCAAUGCUCUUUGAAGCUGUGCAGAAUAGCAAAAUCCACAUGCAAAUAGUUGUGAAAGUGGUUUGAAAACGCAUUAUUUUGUGUGUGCGGAAGGGGCCUUAGACUGGUAGGGGCACUUGAAGAAUUUCUGCUUGUUAUGCAGCUAUUUGAAAGCACAGAGCCUCUCAGUCAACAGGUAGCAGCUCACAGCAACCUGGGGUACUGGAUAUCACAGGGCACAUCUACACCUCAUCCAGUAAGAAAUGCAUCUCACCCUCCCAUAGUGAAUUAUCUUAACUGACUGGAUGUCCAUAUAAGAAACUGGUAAGAUCUUCACUUUCCCUCUUUUUUGUCAGAAGGAAGGGAUGGAAUAGGACUUGUUCAAGAAGUAAGUUGUCAGGAAGCUACAAUGUUGGAAGUUAUAUGUGAAGCUACUCUUUCAAUAUAUGUAUGUGUUUUAUGGGAUGGUACCGUCUAGAAACGGAGUGACAUUUACUUUGCUGCAACUGUUCCAAAUAGAUACAUGUUUUAUGUCAUAGCAAAAUAUCCUGUUCAAAAUUUACCUCUGUGCUCAAAGCUAAAUAUGCUGCCAUAACAAUGUUAAGACGUUGGCAAGUGAGCAAUUAUGAAGCAUUAGUGUGGUAACCAAGUGGAUAAAAACCAAUUUUAUCCACAUGGUGAAACUUCCAUAUAGGCUUUAGCUCUUCUGUGGCAUCACAUUACUGGCAUGUCUAUCUUGUAUACAAAGUGAACACACUGGCAUUUUGUAUGAAAAUAACAAUGUGUGCAUUUUGCAGCUUUGAAAUAACAUGUACCUUCAAAUCUGGCUGGAAAAUAUGUGCAUUGCCUUUUCAAACAAAAUAGAAGUUAUAUAUACCGAGAAUUGCUUGCAGCACGCCUUCCUGGUACAUUAAAUAGGAGUGCCAGAAGCACAAUGCUUGAUAAGAGCUUUAAGAGGCUUGGGACCUGAAUGUAAGUUAAUAGUCAAUGCAUUUCUCAUUCUCUGGGUCUUUCAGUUACAAGGAAAAUACUUUAAACAUCAAACAUGUAUUUUCUUUAGUGUUGCUAAAAUGGUUGGACAUCCAAAAAAUCCAAAGGUACCCUGGCCUAUACGCACAGCACCAAAAGUAACAUCAGACUGAUCUUUGUCUUCAGAAUAUUGUUGUUUGGUUUUUGUAUGUUUGUGUCUGACCGAAUAUGUGAUGAUAAGCAGUGCAUGGUUUGCCGAAAUUUGUAUUCAAACAUCUCUGGAGCAAUUUUUUAAAAAUAAUAAAGCCCAGUUUUUCCUUGUG